AUGAAUAUUUUUGAAUCAUCGUUUACCGACUUCAACCACUCUGAUACAUCUUCUGCUUCGUCGGAAACAAGCUCCUCAAACCGUAAUAGUGAAUCUGACAGGCCAAAGAGGCGAACUGGGAGAAGAGUGUUCAAGGAGACAAGACACCCGGUGUACCGAGGAGUACGAAAGAGGAACAAUAACAAGUGGGUUUGUGAAAUGCGAGUUCCUAACAGUACCAAAUGCAGCAAGUCAAGGAUUUGGCUUGGAACAUAUCAUACGCCUGAAAUGGCUGCACGUGCACACGAUGUUGCUGCACUCGUUCUCAAGGGGAAAUCAGCUUGUCUUAAUUUUGCUGACUCUGCAUGGAAGUUAAGGUUGCCGGAGUCGAAUGAUGCAGAGGAGAUACGGAAAGCUGCUAUGGAAGCUGCUGAGUUAUUCGGUGAUGGAGUGAUCAUAGAAGAUUCCAAUGAUAAGCAUGUUAUGACAGAAUUGGAAGACAUGCAUGAUUUGGUUAUGAGUAUUGCAAAUGAGCCAUUACGUUCUCCUUCUCCUUCCUUCACAGAUUAUGCCUCUAGUAACUGGGGUGAGUUCGACAUAUUUGACACUCAAGUUUCAUCAUUAUGGAAUUUCGAAACACGGUAUUAA